UUAACCUUGCUCGCGAUGCAAGGUAAUCAGGACAUGGGCGACGAUGCUUUUAUAAAUACGCUGGGCAGCGACACCGAACAGUACAGUUCUCGUUCACUAGUUGCCGAAGCACAAGACAAUAUUGAAGAAAUCAUGAGCCGAUUUGUCGUAUUUGUCGUGUUGGCGUUGACGUCGUCGGUGGCGCUGGUCGCCGGUCAGCAGAACGCCGCCAUCCUGACGGACGCCCGGUACCUGUCCAACAACGGUCAGUUCGGUUCCGCGUACACGCAGGGCGACGGUGUCGAGUUCAAGGAGGAGGCGGACACGGAAGGCAACCGACGCGGUUCGUACAGCUACGUGGACCCCAACGGCCAGAGGCGCACCGUCCACUACACCGCCGGCAAGGACGGUUUCAAGGCCACCGGCGAUCACUUGCCGGUCGCCCCGACGCCCGUGCCCGUGCCCGCCGUGCCCGCCGUGCCCGCCGUCCCGUCCGCCAAGGCUUCGUGGCAAGACCAGUGGUCCCAAGCACCGGCCGUCCCGAACCAAUGGAACCAAUGGAACUCGGCGCCCGCUGCUAAGCACGACGACGGACAAUGGAACCAAUGGAGCGCAGAUGCCACAGCUAAGUACGACGACGGUCAAUGGAACCAAUGGAGUUCGGAAUCGUCCGACGACAGCCAAUGGAACCAAUGGAACUCCGUUCCGACGACCGCUCUGCCAAAACAAAGCCAAUGGAACCAAUGGAACUCGAUCCCGACCACUGCCAAGUGGAACCAAUGGAACUCCGCACCGACCCCACUACCACCGUCCUACAAAGUCAACCACGCUUCCGGCAAAUUCAACUUGAACAGAUCUCCAGACGGUUUCAGCUACACGUUCAGUCAAAACUGAUGUGCGCACCUAUUUAGCUAAGACCAAAACAAAUCUAAAAUGUAACAUAUUAUGUUGUUUCCUUCUGUCGAUUUGUUUUUAUAUUUAAUUAAAGACUAGUC